AUGAGCGGCGGCCAGAGAUCCUGGGCUAAUCUUCACCCAGAAGUCCUGAAUCUGAUUCGCCAGAGAUUACUUCGAGAAGACUACUUAAACUUCCGAGCCACCUGCCAAAACUGGAACUUCAAAGCCCUCUUCGAUCCACUCGUCUACGAGAAUCUCAAACACCCCUUCUUGCUCAACUUCUCUAAACAUCACGACGACGACCAAGGCCCGUCUUCUUGCUGUGAAGCCUAUUCUUACGCUUACAACAAGUCGUACCACAUCCGGGCAAACGCAAAGCUAACCGACGCUCAAAUCCACUGCUCCAGCUAUGGUUGGCUGCUCUGUUCCAGAGGCCGCCGCACCUUCUUCUACCAUCCUUCCACCGAGAGCAAAAUCAACCUGCCGCUGUUCGAACCCGGUCAGUACUUCACCUUCAACCGGAUGGGCUUCUCUGCUCCGCCUACCUCUCCCGACUGCGUGGUUUUUGCUCUGCUGGACAUGUACUGCGACAAGAGCGUCUACACAGCGUUCACCCAACGAGGGCGUCGUUCGUGGACGCACUCCGGCGAUGAUCCCGUCCCAAACCUCAUGAGAUGGGCGAUUCAUCGCUCCAGGAAGCUCAUAUUUACGAGCGACAGACAACAACCACCGAAGGUGAUGGUUGUCCGCGACAGAUACAAAGUGAACCCCGCCAAGUGCCUCUGCAUCGGGGAAUUCCUGUGGUCUAACUCCUGCUGUCCUCCGGUUUUCUACAAGGGAGCUUUCUGCUGCCUGGCGCAAGACGGGAGGCUGGGAGUUUUCAAGCACAAGAGAAACCUGUGGGGGCUGUUCGACAGGACGUGCAGGCCGGAUUUGUUCGCGGAUAACCCCCGCAACGAGUGUUACUUGAUGGAGUGCAGGGGAGAUUUGAUGUCGAUCGUGGUCGGUCCGAUGGGAGAAUUCGUCAGGGUCCUCAGGUUUUGCGAGCCCCGGAGGACGUGGCAGGUCGCGUACCAUGUCAAGGACCAGAUGGUCUUUUUGAGCCCCGCGGGCUGCGUGGUCCUGCCCUGCGACGACGAGGCUCUGAAGAACACGAUUCACUUUCCGAGAUUUGGCCGUGGAAACCGCCAUGUGUUCUAUUCGCUCUCGACCGAGCGAUUCCACUCCUUGAAACUGGAAGAAGAUGAAUUGGAGGAGGAGGAGGAAGAAGUAGAGGUUUUGGGUAAAUUUGAGAGUGCUCAUAAACUAGAAGAAGAUGAGGAGGAGGAAGAAGUAAAAGUGAAGAACGAUGCCAUUGUAAUGCUUUGGCGAGAUGGUGACAAACAAUGGACAGUAGUUCACUCACCACCAGACGAGCAAGGAUUUGAAUUAAUCGGGGGAGUGGUUUUCCACCAAGGCAAGGUUUACGGGUAUCCAAAAGAGACAAUUGAUUUGGUUUCGAUCGAACUGGAGCCAGAAAGGUACACAACGAAAAUCGUGCCGGAAGUUGAUUUUCGGAGGAAUUUUAAUGGAUCAAACGCUUUAGUGCGAUUGCUGGUAGAAUUGGACGGCGAACUCUAUCUGUUCGUCAAAUAUGAAGCUGGUUGUACUUGGACCAAACAGGUCGACAUUGCUAUGGAUAUACGAGUGUUCAAAUUGGACUCGGAGAUGAUGAGAUGGAUAAAGGUCGACGAUUUAGGCGAUCGAGCAUAUUUUUGGAGUAGUUGGGGUUGUUAUCAAUGUUGUGCUAGUAAAUUGGGACUUGAAAGAAACACCAUUUACUUCAUAAGUCAAGAGAAAGACUUGUACAUAUUCGACUAUGGGGAACGUAGCAUUACGGGUUUCCGGCCGGCUGCUUCAGGAGACGUUGAUGAUGACAAUUGGUUUCCAGAUGGAUUCAUUAUGUGCCGCUACCAGUAG